GAAGUAAUUCUGAAAUGAGCUAUCAGUAGAGCGCUGGACGACAGUGUUUAUUUAUUUUCUAUUCAGUAAAAGUCAGUGAGUGAGAUAUAACAAAAGUGCCUUUCAGUUUUUUAGUGAAUCACACGAAUGAUUAGUGCACUGGGAUUUUUCAACAGUUUUCAGAAAUCAUCAGCCGCGACUAACCAAUUGUGCGUGAAGAACAUCUCUGCCAGCCGUCGCUGCCUCCGCCGUUGCCAAACGACGGGACCGACGGGACAGUUCAUUUUCAAGUGCUUAGCAAAAAUCGUUACGGUGGCUCCGCAGGUCGAACAACCGUUAGUCAGUACAGCAAGGUUUCACUUUCCGCCGGUGGUAAUCAUAGACAAACUGAAUCCGCCUGACAUUGUACACGCUUCCUGCCGGAGUCGGGUUUUCGUUUCGCCACAAGGUGUGCUACAGAAACAGAAUGAUUUCCUGUUCAACGUCGGUAGCCAUCAAUUGCAGCGAAAUGCAGACUAUACGUCAGUUGCAGUCGAUCACCUGCAGCAUGAACAGCAGCACCAUCUUCAACUGCCUCCUCAGCAGCAGCUGUUGCAACGCGGAAACGAAUCGUCAGCGCUGAUCGGCACCAACUUCGGAUUAGCGAAAAGCGCCAACGAACUCUCGCCGUUUCUGAAAGAUACGCAGCACAACAACCGCCAGUACGUGAGCACAUCGACGACAACAACGACCGCCAGCGUCGCUAGCAAUAAUUGUCACGUGCACAAUCGUCAUAAUAGUAAUCUCUGUAAUAGUGGUGCUGUCAGUCAGUGUUGCUCGCAGGAACAUCUGACGUUUCAUCCGAAUCAACCCAAUCAUCAUCAUCAUCAUCACAAUCGUCAUCAUAGCCAGGUGCAGCAGUCGCAGCAGCAACAACAACAACAGCAGCAGCAGCACGAUACAGAGAGCGACGAAGAUGAGAUUUCGCUAUACCCUCUCAAUAAUCAGGUCGGUGGCCACACACGCUUGCUGCUGUUGAACCAGAGCACCGUUAUUAAACCGUUGAAUCUACGUGAACUAGAAUUCUACCAAAACAUUCCUAGUGAUAUCCAACAGUUCGUUCCAAAGUAUCGAGGUGUCAUGCAGGCCGCAACCAUGGGUGGAACCAAGUUGGAGAAACGCUACUCGCCCAGCUUCCGGGACGAUCCCGGCCGUAAACCCGCCGCCUCGAAGCGCAAGCGCGAGGAAGUACUUCGGAUGAAAAUACAUAAGAAUGGGAUACCUUCAGAGGUGUUAAAAAGUAUUUCACAGAUUGACAACUCCAAUAAACAAUAUUUCUUAAUGCUGGAGAACAUCACAUCCGCUUACCGCCAGCCGUGCAUCCUAGAUCUGAAGAUGGGCACCCGCCAACAUGGGGAUGAUGCGUCGGCGGAGAAACGCAGCAAACAGAUGGCUAAAUGUGCCGCCAGUACAUCGGCUUCGCUUGGCGUUCGCCUUUGCGGGAUGCAGGUGUACCAGGCUGACAUCGACCACUACAUGAAGAAGGACAAGUACUGGGGCCGAGAGCUCAACGAGGAGGGUUUCAAAGGCGCCCUAAACAACUUUUUCCACAAUGGAUACAAACUACGAGCGAAAAUUAUCGCCAAAGUUCUGGACAAGUUGGAGCAACUGCGAAGAGUAAUCGAAAAGCAAUCAAGCUAUCGGUUUUAUUCCUGUUCGCUACUCAUCGUAUACGAAGGCUACGAAGAACCUCCAACCACGCCCGCCUCCACUAGCCAGCGUCCGUCGGUAGGCGACUACCACCUGCUCGAGACGGAAUCCAGCUCAUACUGCUACGAUGCGGAUGCGUCCAACAGUUCAAUAGAACAGUGCAAUCUAUCCUCGUCGCAUGAAGACAUGAUUACGAGUUCUGCGCAUCAUCGUCUGAAUGCUUCGAUGGCAACCGUUGCCACAGCUGCUGCCGCAGCGAAGGCCGCUUCUUCCUCUACCGCAACAGACUCAUCAGCGGGUACCACAACAAAUGCCACCAAUGCUGCUAAAGUUCCCUUUGUUCCGAUCUCCGAAGAGACGAUUUAUCCGGGUGUCGUCGGUGACUCGUCAUUAGCAACCGUGGCCUCACAGAACGUCAGCUCCAGUCCCCAUUCGAUGGAUUCCUGGAUGAACUACAGUAGCAAUAGUAGUAGCGACGACUAUGCAUCGGCGUUUGUGGGGCAGACUCAUGUACAGAAGACAGGUGCCGACACCAGCCCGGACUAUGGCGGAGGAUUUAGUGGACGAGUUAUUCCUCCCAGUUCCCGAAAGUUAGAUACUGUGGAAGCAAUGGAAGCAGAACGAGAGAGAAGUUCUGAGAUAAUCCCCUUAAACACGACAAUGACGACGGAGUUGACAACGACCCCAACAAUACCCACAAAUAAGCAUUGUUAUGGCAGCAGCAGUAUUAGUAUUAGCAAUACCAACAACAAUAGCAACAGUAGCAGCUGUGGCAAAGUUCACGAUCAGUCCGACGCUGGCUAUCACGAAGAGGCGGACGAUAUCGAUGAUGAAGAAGACGAAGGCGCUGUGGAUGAUGAAGACGAAGAACAUCUCCUGCAGGAAACGGCCGUCAGUUCAAAGCGGCUGCGCGGUAAGGACAAACCGGGCAGUCGUGCAACUAAUGUCCAGCAGAGCCUCCGACGAAGGCUCAGUUCCAAAUCGAAGUCGACAUCCUUGAGCGGCGGCAGUGCAGGCAGUUGCGCCCUUGGAAUGGCCGAUGUGCGCAUGAUUGAUUUUGCGCACACGACGUUUGAAAUCAAGAAUGGAGCCUCGAUUUGCAGUCCCAGUACCACGAAGGUUCAUCACGGACCGGACAGCGGAUUCCUGCGGGGAUUGGACAGCCUAAAGCGGAUUCUCAACGAAAUCUGCGCCGAGCACUGAGAGAAGCAACACGACGGCGGCUACUCUCUCCCAACCGACCGACGGUGGUGAUGGUGGAAAUUAGGAGUUGCUGCGCUCUGCGCUGGUGAAGUGUGGAUCAGCACGAUUCGCCACCGAGCAGCAUAGUUGCAACUUAGGUGUGUAAAAGUGUUUUUUCGAUUAGUAGGGGAAACACGUUUUUUGUGAAAUAUUGUGAUACUGAAGCAUUUUUCAUCCAAGUACAUAUAUAAAGUAUAUAUUUAAUAUCAGAAGAGAAUAGAAAUCUACGGAAACGAAAGCGUUACUUUUAGAAGAAAAUUCCUUACAAACGUAGUUUACAACUAUCAGAGUUAUCGUGAGCCGUUUCGUAAAUUAGCGUUUGAUUGAUACAAAAAGCAAAGGUUAGCACAGUACGGUGGUGUUCGAUUUCGGAAAACACAGCACACAUUCUGGCUUCGGUGAGUUUGCCCGAGGUGAGCUUUAGUUUAGCCUUUGCGUUCUACAAGUAUUGGGUGAUUCACACAACAGUAAGUAUUUGUUUUAUGAUAAUGUUUAAUGCGUGCGAUAUCGGUGCAGCUGGUUCUGCAUUUAUCGAUAGUACUGCAAAAUUUACAACGUAUUUUUCUUAGAAUACAAUUGAUGUACUAAUUGACGUAUACUGAAGGUGCAGCUAAGACAAUUUUGUGGGGUUCCUUUAAAUACAGGUUUACCAACAAACACGUGAUUUAGAGUAAAAUAUUGUAUCCAUGCGUUCCUUUCGGCAUGGUUUAGUGAAAUCGCACAAUUUUUAAUCAUUUCUGUAAUGCUAAAAAAAGUAAUUUUACGGUUGUUUAUUAUAUAUCGCUUUAAGGACUUCAAAAAUAACUGUCGUUACUUGCUAUGACCUGUAACACUGUGGAAGAUUAAACCUUAUGCCAAUAUUCUUGUCUACUUUUUGCUGACUAAGCAAUGAGUAAGUUUGGCUUCCGCAUAAAUAAUUUCGCAUAUUUUUUAAAAUCUUCAUUUCAGGACUACUUACUUUUUAUUACUAGGAAAUGAAUGCAAAAUAUGGAAAAAUUUCAACAUGCUACAACGAUUAACACAUAUAUGUUGACA